UUACAGAUAAAUACAGUUACUUCCUUUUGCUUGCCAGGCUGCACCUGCACAGAUGACAGUUUUGGGAGGUCUCUGCUUUGUAUGGCUACCGCCCUAAGAAGGAUCCCCAACAACAUCCCGCAUGAUGUAAAAAAAAUAAGAAUUGAAAACUCUCAUCUGACUGAACUGCCCCAAAGGUCAUUCUCUGCAGUUAGUGCCUUGGAAUUUCUGUGGCUAAACUUUAACAACAUAACGGUUAUGCAUUUAAAAAGCUUAGAAGGCUUGAAAACAUUAACAGAGCUAAGGUUGCAGGGAAAUAAACUGCGUUCAGUACCAUGGACAGCUUUUCAGGACACCCCAAUUCUGAAAAUUUUGGAUCUCAAGCACAACAGGCUUGAUGUUCUUCCAGAGUACGCACUGAGAUAUUUACCAGCACUGACCUACUUAGACUUAUCCAUCAAUCAGCUUAGCGUAAUUUCAAAGGAUGUCUUCUUGAACUGGCCUCUUUACCACGCAGACGAGCAGCCAACUAAAAAAGAGGACAGCUCUUCUAAUGUUGUUUUAGCACUCCACGACAAUCCUUGGUUAUGUGACUGUCGUCUUAAGGGUUUCGUUCAAUUUGUCAAGUCCGUCAGACCUCCAAUUAUACUGAUGAAUUCAUACUUAACUUGUUCAGGUCCACAGUUCAAGAUGGGCAAGUAUUUUCAUGAAGUUGAAUUAAAGAAUUGUAUGAAACCAGAGGCUACGUCUCCGGUUCACAACAUUUCCCUCCCUUUUGGUUUGAAUGUGACACUCACGUGUUUGGCCAAGGCCAGGCCAUCUCCAGCUGUCUGGUGGACAUAUGGCCUCAAGCUUGUUAAAGGCUUUAAUGUGUCUCAAACAUACAUUGAUGAUGAUACUGUUAAAUCUGAACUGGUUAUACCCUCAUUACAUCUUCGAGAUAGUGGAACAUACACCUGCACUGCCAGUAAUUUUAUUGGCAAUUCCUCUGUGAAUAUUUUGAUGAGGGUUACAUCUCCUGAAUCCUUCUCACUAUAUUCAUCCAUGUUUCCAAUAUCGUCCUCUGAAGAAAAUGUGUACAUUGAGAUAAGAAUAGCCAAGCAGACCGUUUAUGGGAUAACUAUAGAAUGGUAUGCAACAACAGAUAACCCUGCAGAAACAUGGUAUACCCUGCAUUUUGGCCGCUACGAGGACACAAAGAAAGAGCUCCUCUACAUUGGACCUGGAAUCAACACGUAUUCAGUUGAUGACUUGUUGCCAGCUACAAAAUAUGAAGUUUGUGUCACACUGAAAAACCUAAGCCCCAGAAGGGGGCAGUGUAUUGUGUUUGUGACAGGUAGUGACAUCAGUGAACUUGAACAAAGAGAAAAGCUGAUUCAUAUCAUUGUUAUUGUGUGUGCCAUGGUGUUGGCAGUGCCAGCGGGAAUGUAUGCCUGUACCACGGAAACAAGAUUUAGCUGCUUUGAAAAGUGCAGUGAUCGGUUCAAACGGUCCAAGCGUUCAGAAAAGAGUUUGAAACAUGCUGGAAGACAGGGGACCUUUGACAGUCUCCAAGCAGGCAGUGAUGAGGGGCUUUGUAACAGAGAUUCAAGUGAAGACAAGCAAAGAAGACGACGAUCUGAUGAUAGAGCCCUGAAGGCCAGAACAGAGCAAAUAAACAGUGCUGAACUUUAUUAGAAAUGAUUUUUG